CCAAGUUCAUCCAUCAAAAACCAAAAUAAUCAACUCAACAUCGUCUAGCAAUAUAUGAUGAUGUUUCCCAAUUUCUUUUCUUUGUUUCAGCUUUUUUCCUUGUUAUAUCUCUUUACAAUUACUUCUGCUUCCACUGAGGAAGCAACUAGCCUCCUAAAAUGGAAAGCAACUUUCCAAAAGCAGAAUAAUUCCUUAUUGGCUUCAUGGAGAUCAAGUUCUAAUGCUUGCAAGGACUGGUACGGAGUUAUAUGCUUUAAUGGUAGGAUAAACAAGUUGAAUAUUACAAAUUCUAGUGUCAUUGGUACGCUCUAUGAUUUUCCAUUUUUAUCUCUCCCUUUUCUUGAGUAUCUUGAUCUUAGCAUGAACAAUUUCUCUGGCACCAUCCCACUUGAAAUUGGUAAACUCACUAAUCUUGUGUAUCUUGCCUUGCACACCAAUCAGAUUUCAGGCACAAUACCACCACAAAUCGGCUCACAAGCCAAGCUUCAGAUCCUCCGCCUAUUUGACAACCAUUUAAGUGGUACCAUUCCAAGAGAAAUAGGUAACCUAAGGUCUCUUACAAAGCUAUCUUUGGGUACUAAUUUUCUUAGUGGUUCUAUUCCUACUUCAUUUGGGAACUUGACCAGCUUGUCUUUUUUGUAUCUUUAUGAGAAUCAAAUUUCUUGCUCCAUUCCUGAAGAAAUAGGUUACCUAAGGUCUCUUACUAAGCUAUGUUUGCAUAAUAACUCUCUUAAUGGUUCUAUUCCUGCUUCAUUGGGGAAUUUGACCAACUUGUCCCUUUUAUAUCUUUAUGGAAAUCAGCUUUCUGGCUCCAUUCCUGAAGAAAUAGGUUACCUAAGGUCUCUUACAAAGCUAUCUUUGGGUAUUAACUUUCUUAGUGGUUCUAUUCCUACUUCAUUGGGGAACUUGACCAGCAUGUCUUUUUUGUAUCUUUCUGUGAAUCAACUUUCUGGCUCCAUUCCUGAAGAAAUAGGUUACUUAAGGUCUCUUACUCAGCUAUGUCUGACUAAUAACUCUCUUAAUGGUUCUAUUCCUGCUCCAAUGGGGAAUUUGACCAACUUGUCCAUUUUGUUUCUUCAUGAAAAUCAGUUUUCCGGCUCAAUUCCUGAAGAAAUGAGUAACCUAAGGUCUCUUACAGAGCUAUCUUUGGGUAUUAACUUUCUUAGUGGUUCUAUUCCUACUUCAUUGGGGAACUUGACCAGCGUGUCUAUUUUGUAUCUUUCUGUGAAUCAACUUUCUGGCUCCAUUCCUGAAGAAAUAGGUUGCCUAAGGUCUCUUACUGAGCUAGCUUUUAGUACUAACUCUCUUAAUGGUUCUAUUCCUGCUUCACUGGGGAAGUUAAACAACUUGUCCCAAUUUUAUCUUCAUGAAAAUCAGCUUUCCGGCUCUAUCCUUUCAUUUAUCUGCAAUUUCACAUCACUACAAGUUCUAAAUUUGGGUAGAAAUAAUCUUGAGGGAGCAAUUCCGCAAUGUUUUGGCAACAUGAGUGGUUAUCUUGAGGUCAUGGAUAUGCAGCAAAACAAUCUUUCUGGGGUUCUUCCAAACACUUUUAGUGUUGGAAGUUCACUUAGAAGCUUCAACUUGCAAGGCAAUGAACUAGAGGGGAAAAUUCCCCGGUCUUUGGCCAAUUGCAAGGAGUUGCAAGAUCUUGAUUUAGGAGAUAAUCACCUCAUCGACACAUUUCCGAUGUGGUUGGGAACUCUUUCAAAGCUGCAAGUUUUAAGCUUGAGAUCGAAUAAAUUAUAUGGACCCAUUAUAACAUCAAGGAAUGAAAGCAUAUUUGUUGAGCUUCGAAUCAUCGAUCUCUCUUGCAAUGACUUUUCGGGAAACUUACCAAUGAGUUUGUUUCAACAUUUGAAAGGCAUGAGGACAAUUGAUCAAACAAUGAAGUCACCAAGAUAUCUUGGAAAUGGAGAGUACCAAGAUUCUGUAACAAUUGCAAACAAGGGACUGGAGCUUGAACUUGUUAGGAUUUUGACUACAUACACAAGUGUUGAUCUUUCAAGUAACAAAUUUGAAGGACCUAUUCCAAGUAUUAUGGGAGAUCUUAUUGCGCUUCGGGUGCUGAAUUUAUCUCUUAAUGAAUUGCAAGGUCAUAUACCACCAUCACUUGGAAAUUUAUCUGUAGUCGAAUCAUUGGACCUAUCAAGUAACCAUCUUGUUGGAGAGAUACCAGCACAACUUUCUUCUCUUGCAUCCCUUGAAGUCUUAAAUCUCUCCUACAAUCAUCUCAAAGGGUGCAUUCCUCAAGGACCUCAAUUUCAAACAUUUGAGAGCAAUUCAUAUGAAGGUAAUGCUGGAUUAUGUGGAUUCCCAGUUUCGAAAGUUUGUGGCAAUAAUUGUGUGUCAGAGACAAAUUAUAUUGUAUCUGCACUAGACGAUCAAGAAAGCAAUUCUGAAUGUCUCAAUGAUUUUUGGAAAGCUGCUCUUAUGGGUUACGGAAGUGGACUAUGUAUUGGACUAUCCAUAUUAUAUUUCAUGAUUUCAACUGGAAAUCCGAAAUGGCUUGCAAGAAUCAUUGUGGAACUGGAACACAAAAUUAUUAUGCGAAGGAGAAAGAAGUAGCGACGUCAAAGGAAUCACAGAAGAAGAAAUAAUCCCUUGUAGACAAGUUAGCAAUCAAGCAAGAUGUGAUUUCAGGACUUUAGUGAAUAAACAAAUUCGAACAUGCAUGUGCUUGGAGGAUCAUUUGGUGGAGUAUCAGAUGUUGCAGCUUAUGAUGCUGGAUUUGAUUUUUAUUUUUUUUGUUUUUGUUUUAUAUAAGUAAGCCUUUUUCUUUUUAUUAGCCUUCGGAAAAUGUAAUAUUAUAACCUUUGAUGAUAUCAAGUUAUUUAACACUUUAAUGUAUUCAAUGAAGUGAUAUGCAAUUUUUGUUUCAUUGUGUAAAGUUGGAUCCCUAGCAACUUACUGUAUAAUUUACAAAUUUAUGUAGUGUCUU